CUUCCGCCCUCCAUUGCAGUUCAGGGUCGAUCAGGAAGCUGAACUUGUCCGUGAACAAGGACUAUUAUAAAGUGGUCAGAGCUACUCAGGCGUACACCGGUCCUCUUUCCCUUGGAUUGGCAUCAGCCUUUAGCAGGGCCAAGUUUUUCCCUGAUUUCUGAUGUUCAACACUUUUGGAGGGGGGCGUGACAAACACAAUUUGAAUGUACUCUCAACUGCAAUGUUACCUGGGAUGUCAGAUGGCACUGUCUAAAUAAAUGAGAUAGUGGUUCUGGCAGAUUGUUUAUCUGCUUUGCCCUCCUGCUUGCAUGCUUGAUCCAAGGUCUGCACUUGACGUCAGCAUGGAACCCCUACCGGUACCGGAUAAAAAGGGGCUCGUCGCCAACGAAGUCCCCAUGGAUGGUUGCGUGGAUGAUGGCGGCAGAGCGCCGGCAGCCGUUAACAAGAGAGGUCUGACAAUCCUCACGGCAGCGGUGUUUAUCGUUGGAGAAAUGGCAGGCGGAGGAAUUCUGUCGCUUCCCGACGCACUCAAAUCAGCAGGAUGGAGCGGUAUCUUACUUCUCAUCUUCUGUGCCUUCCUCUCCGCCUACACUGGCAUUGUUCUUGGUCGGUCUUGGCAAAUCCUCAAGGAUAGGUUUCCUUUUUACCGAGAGCACAUAAGGUACCCCUAUCCUGCAAUCGGUUUUGAAGCCAUGGGAAAAGCAGGCAGGUAUGCUGUCACCCUAUGCGUCAACCUGACACUGUUCAGUGUGACCACCGUGUUUCUCCUCGUCUCCUCCCAGCUCUUCCAGACUCUCUUACAGAUGGCGGAAGUGAACAUAUCAUUCUGUGCCUGGGUGCCCAUCAUUGCUGCCGUUCUCUGCCCGUUGACUUGGCUGGGGACACCCAAAGACUUCUGGCCGAUUGCAGCGGGCGCUGCUGUGUCGACCGGAUUGGCCUGUAUACUCAUCUUCGCCCAGGAGAUGGAAGAUUUGGGCCCCACCGUCAGUCACCCCUCCCCCACCUUCCAGAGUUUUUUCACAGCUUUCGGCGCCAUUCUCUUUGCUUUUGGCGGCCACGCCAUUUUUCCUACUGUUCAGCAUGACAUGAAGGACACCAGGAAGUUCCACUGGACUGUGCUUGUUGCUUACAUCGUUGUGGUGGCUUACUAUUUGCCUGUGUCUGUGGGUGGAUACGUGGUCUACGGAGCCCAAAUUGAAGCCAAUCUCCUCAAGUCGUUGACCCCCGGCACCGUCACAACUAUCGUGAUAGUAAUGAUUAUGCUGCAUCUCCUGAUGGGAGUGGUCAUUGUCAUCAACCCCUUCUGCCAGGAAAUAGAGGAAUUUCUCAAGAUCCCACUCAAAUUUGGCUGGAAGCGAAUUGUCCUACGUACGGUGGUGAUGGCAGCAGUUCUCUUCAUGGCUGAAACCAUUCCCAAAUUCAGUGUCAUCUUGAAUCUCAUCGGUGGCACAACAGUCACACUGUUAACCUUUGUCUACCCCUCCCUGUUUUACAUUCUGCUCCGGCGGCAAGAGAGUCCAGACAAUGCCUGGGUUACAGGGAAAAUUGAGAUAUGGGAGUAUGUACUUCACGCUGAAAUUAUACUGAUUGGGUUGGUUGGUGGAGUGGCGUCGACAUACAGCGAGAUUUACGACAUUGCGACAGCGACGGGGCCGACGCUUACCGUACCGUGUUAUAUCAACUCAAAUCAAACGGGAUAGGUUUGCUGUGUCGAUUCUCCAGAAUAUGCCCAUACCCUUGUAGUUGUUAUGGAAAAAAGCUCAGUGAAAGCAAGAAACGAUGGGCAAGUAUUCAUGAAGGGACCCACACUGGUCCAUACAGUCCUUGCAAUUGCUUGGACAUUUUCAGCAUUGCUUGUGAUUUGUCAGAGAUGUAAAAACUACUGUGAACUGCUCACUGACCACAGUUACCUGAAAUAUACAAAUAUCAAAAGUUUGAGAGCCUGCUUACUAAAACAAACGUUUUCAAAAGUAACAAUAAUGCCAGGCCCUCUAACUUACUAGGAUUCCAAAUAUAAAUAAUCGAAAUAGUUGGACCACACAGCUCAGCUGCUGAGGCAUAAUUUUUCAGUUUGCUUGCAGCAUGUUACUCUUCAUUUUACAUAUCUAACUUGAAAAAACAAAUACCCUAGUAUUACAGUGCUGUGUGAAUCAGUGAUCGUGGGCUGUGACUCUUGGCUUUGCCACUGUUAGGACACUUCAGAGAUUUAGCCAGUUAAGUGCCAAAUUAUGGUUGUAGCUUUUCAAGUGCACAUAAUUUUCAGUAUGAACAGCCACUCAGAAGUCAGCAUUUAUAUGAAUAUUAGUAUCAUAAGGGAAUAUCGAAUUUACUUUCUUUAUUUUUUGGCUUCCUGCACAAUUAUAGCACCAUUUGUAUCAACUGGAAUUUGUCGUCUUUCGCUUAGUGAUGCAAUUACUAGAGGAAAAGAUGUGCAAGAGGAUCAAAGUCAUGUCUACUAAUUGAUAUCAUGUCCUAAAUCUUUUAAUAUUAUCAUCUGACAUUUUAAAUUUGUAUAAGUAUAUAAUUACAGAUUUGGGUAUAUAUAUUUGCAAAAUCUAUAUCAAAUCAUAAGUUAUGACGCAUUUUUAUCUGUCUUUGAUAAAAGAAUGAAGAUGCUCCAAGGGAAUGUAUAGAAAUUUCAGCAAACAGCUUAUGCCUACAAAUGGUCAUGGUAUUCUGGAAGAAAAUGAAGAAAUCACAGCUGUAAAAAGUGACCUUCAGUGCUUGAUUGUGAACUAUCAGAGUCAGAUCUCUUAACAUGGCCUUGUGUGAGGAAAACAGUAUUUUCAACAUUUAUUAACUGAGGCAUCAUACUUCUGUGAAUGUAGUUUUUAUUUCCACUGCAAGCGCUGACACAAGCGCAAAACCUGUUAACUGCAGCUGUUUAUGUGAUUAUUUCAGCCACAGGUUACUCAUCAUUCCCUGGUGAAGCUCAGCUGCAUGAAACCUGGAUAAUCUGGGCCCAAUGUCAAAGCACAGCUAAUCAACAGUUAGAACGAAAGAUUUGCUUACUACAGCAGAAAGCGCUGUUUCAUGGUGGGAUUGUCUUAGUAACUGCACCCGUGAGAUCUUUAUUGUUUACUGAUUGAAGCAACUUUUUUUCCCUCCACGAUUGAGUUCGCUUUUGCUGUGCUUACUACUUGACAAGAGUUUCUUUGGAAUAGACAGAGGCUCUGCCAGCACAAAAUCAGGUGUUAAAGCUGAUGACAGCUUUAACCAAGCUCCAGUGAUACCUUUUUACCUCAUGGAAAACAUGAACACGCAUUUUAAUAAUGAAUUUGAAUUUCAACAAGAGGACUGAAACAGACUUUUAGUUAUUUUUUAAACUUAAGGACUGAGAUAAAUUCCCUGCACAUUGAAUACAGGAUUACUUAUAAAAGUUUGUUACAAUAAUGAAGCAAACUUUAGUUAACAUAUUACCUCACAAUAAAAGCUCGGUAUUGAGUAAUUUAGAAAUACACAUUUAAAAACAAACAAAACAUUUACAAUUUUAGCUAUGUUACAUGCUAUUGAGAUCAACUGAAAUAAAGUGUGAUUCUUCGUCUAAUAAAAGUAAGUCAAAAAUGA